AUGAUUAAUCCAUAAAUCACAGUUUUUAAUGUGUUCUUUAGGAAAUUAGAUUUUCUAUAGAAUUUCACAUUUUAUAGAAAGCUUAAUCAAGAGAAGAGACAAAGAUUAGUUACUGUUUGGAGAAGAGUGUUUCUGGCAUCUUAUUUUAUUGGAAUAAUGAGAUCCUUUUAGAAUAGAGUAAAAAUAUAUGGAGCAAUAAGAUAAGAUGAUCAUAUGGAUUUAAUAGAGGAUGAAGUUUUUAAAUCAAAUUAAGAAGAAAAGAAAGUAUAUGUAUUUUAUCCAGAUGAAUAAUUUAAAACAGUUUGGAAUAUGCUAUUGAUAUUUUUAUUAUUGGCAACUGCAGUCAUAACUCCAUUUAAAGUUUGUUUUGUAUGAAAUUACAUUACUAUAAUUAGAUUGAUUCUGGAAAUGAAGGUUUUUGGUUUUGGGUAGAUGUUAUAUUUGAUGUUUUGUUCUUUGCAGAUAUUAUAAUAAACUUUAUGAGUGCAUUUUAUGAUGAGGAAUAGAAAAUUGUUGAUAAUUAUAGAAUGAUAGCCAAAUAAUAUAUAUAUGGAUGGUUUACAGUUGAUGUUAUUGCAGUUUUACCAAUUACUUAUUUUCUAGAUGAUAAUACAGAUACAGCAGCACUUAGAUAUAAUAAAUUACUUAGAUUGAUUCGAUUACCUCGUUUAUAUAGAUUAGUUCGUUUAUUAAAAAUUUCAAAAGCUAAUUUGAAUAUUAAAAAUAAAACAUAAGCUGCUAGAAUCCUAUCUUAUUUAGGAAUAAAUGAAGGUAUCAUCAAGGGAUUGAUUCUCUUAGGUAAAAUCUUAUUGAUAAAUCAUUUAAUUGCUUGUUUUUGGUAUUUUAUAGCAAAAUUCAAUGAAUUUGAUUCUAACACUUGGGUUGCUUAAGCACAUCUUGAUGAUGCUACUUUAUAUAAUAAAUAUAUUGCUGCUUUUGAAUGGAGUUUAUAGACUCUCACAACUGUAGGUUAUGGUGAUAUUAAGGCUACUACAAUUGAAGAACGUAUAUUUGCUAUUAUUUGGAUGAUUUUUGGAACUGGAUUCUUUUCAUAUACAUUAGGAAAAUUAUCAUCUAUUUUGGAGAAUGUAGAUAAAAAAUGGGUUGAUUUUGAAAGAAGAAUGCAUUUAUUUAAUGAUUUUUCAGUUAGAGUUAAAUUACCAUAUGCUUUAAAAUGCAAAGUACAUAAAUAUUAUAGAAAUAAUUAUUUAAAAAAUGUGUAUUCAUCUUUAGAUCCUAAGAAAUUAAUAUAAGAAUUACCAUCAUAAAUUCGUAAUGAAUUAUUGAUGAUUUGUUAUAAAUAUUUGAUAGAUAGUGUAUCAUUACUUAAGAUUGAUAAGAAUUUUACAGCUACUAUACUACCUCAUCUCAAUUUCUUAGAAGUCCAUCCUGGAGAGAUUAUAUAUAGACAAGAUGACCCACCUACAGACAUUUAUUUUAUUGAAAAGGGAAAAGUCAAUUUUGUUACUCAUGAUAAAUAUACAUUAAUUACUCUAUUGGAAGCAUCAUUUUUUGGAGAAAUAGAAGCAUUUGAAGAUAUCAAUAGAGAAUAUUUUGCUAUUGCUAAAGAACCAACAAAUUUGUAAUUAUUUUAUAAAAUACAUAUUUAGAUUCUUUUGUUCAUAUGAUAUUUUUAGAAAUCUUUUAAAAGAAUUCCCUACAGUAGCUUCUGAGGUUAAAAUAAUCUAUGAUAAAAGGAAAUCAAAAUAUAAAACUUGUUUAUAUAUGAUUGAAUUAUAGAGAAAACGUAAUUCUGGAUCUGAUCCAAAAGAAGUAUUCAUUUACAUCAAUAUAGGAAUUAUAAAAUAGUACUUAAUAUUAUUUAGGAUUAAUUGCUUAAUAUGAAGAAGAGUAAAAUAGAAUGAAUUCUUCUAAAGGUUUAGUUAAUACAAAGAAGAAAAGUGUAUUAGAUUAAUUUUCUUUUAAAAAGAAAUAAUAAAAAAUGUCUGUGUUUCAAACACUCAAAUGA